AUGACCGUCGCUGCAGCUGCUGACCACUGCUCUAAAAUCGUAAAGUUGGAUGUGGGUGGAAAGAUUUUCAAGACUUCCAUCUCCACUUUAACGAAGCAUGAUUCUAUGUUGAAGACAAUGUUCCUGACCAGGAUUCCGGUUGUCAAAGAUGAGGAUGGAUGCGUAUUCAUUGAUAGAGAUUCCCAACACUUCCGACUUAUUCUGAAUUUCCUGAGGGAUGGUGAAAUGGCUCUACCGGAUUCCGAUCGAGAAGUGAAGGAAGUUCUCGCCGAGGCCAAAUUUUUCCUGUUGGAUCCAUUAAUUGAGUUAUGCGAAGAGCGAUUGGAAACGUCGUUUAGCCCUUAUUACCGAGUGGUUUCUACAGUUUUGGAAGCCAGGAAGUACAUUUUUGCAACUGAUAAGCCAGUAGUUGUGCUGAGACUUCCUGCUCAUAUUGCAACAAAUGGAAGCCAGUGCUAUUAUUUCAGUGAAUCAAAAUUCAGAAGUUUUGCAGAACAACACUACAAAUCUGUGAUAUUUGUUUUGAUCACUGAACCUGAGUUCCACGAGGAUUGCUCAUGGACAUUCUUCUUGAAAACAAAGAAACUGACUGCUAGAAUAAAGGGACCAAUGGAUGACAAUCUUUUAGAGGAUCUUUUCCGCGAGUUGCUGGUUGAUGUGGCUGGAAGGAAGCGAACUGAUAGCCAGCAAAGCGAAUAA